AUUCAUGUCAUUGUGAUUAACAUCAUAUGGAUUGGCUACAAAGUGAAAUGCCAUCCACAACUACAGGUACCCCUUCUAUUCUUUCCAUACAAAACACCAAUAAAGCUAGUAGAGCAGAUCCUGCCAUCUCAAUUAUAUAUAUAUAUUUCUUUCUUUUCCUCCGACUUUCAUUCCAUGGAUUGUGCUUUAUCUCCUCAGAUCUUCAUAAACACAAGAUUUCCUAGGUGUGUGGCCAUCAGACAAGGAGUUGAAAUCAGGCUAUACAGAAAAAGAUGGUUGAAUUCUAGUUGCUGUGCUGUGGGGGUGUCUGAGAUGGGUGCUGGCAACCUGUUUGAUGAUGGGUCCUUGAAAGGGUCUGAAAAUGGGUCAUUGUUGGGUGCACUUGGUGACUCAGUUUUACCACCAUUUGGAACAGUGGAUGCUGAAAUUACCCCAGAAACCGUUGAUUUCUUUGUUAGUGAUGCAGAAGGUGAUCCUGACUGCCCUUCUAAAGGAUUCUCUUCCAUUGACCAAGCAUUGAAUACAAUACGCCAAGGAAAGUUUGUGAUUGUUGUAGAUGAUGAAAAUGAGGAUUUUGAAGGAACCCUUAUCAUGGCAGCUUCUCAUGCAACUCCUGAGAUGAUGGCUUUCAUGGUAAAGCAUGGCUCAGGCAUUGUUUCCGUAGGUAUGAAAGAGGAGGACCUUGAAAGGCUUAAGCUUCCAUUAAUGUCACCAGAAAGUGAAGACAAAGAUUCUUCUGCCCCAACUUUCACAAUCACAGUGGAUGCAAAAACCGGUACAUCAACUGGAGUUUCGGCAUUGGAUAGGGCAAAGACUGUUCUUGCACUGUCUUCCCCGGAGUCGAAGCCUGAUGACUUUAGAAGACCAGGUCAUAUAUUUCCUCUCAAGUAUAGGAAUGGUGGGGUUUUAAGAAGAGCUGGUCAUACUAAGGCUUCGGUCGAUUUGGUCAUCCUCACCGGUUUAAGGCCUGUUUCAGUUCUUUCAACUGUUGUGGAUCCAGAGGAAGGUUCUAUAGCAUCUUUGCCAUUUAUAAGAAAGUUGGCUUUGGAGCAUAGCAUACCAGUUAUUUCCAUAACUGAUCUCAUUAGGUACCGGAGAAAGCGGGAAAAGCUCGUUGAAAGGACAGCUAUUUCACGUCUGCCAACGAAAUGGGGUCUAUUUCAAGCAUACUGCUACCGUUCGAAGCUAGAUGGAACAGAACAUAUAGCAAUUGUUAAGGGUGACAUAGGGAAUGGACAAGAUGUUCUUGUAAGAGUUCACUCAGAAUGUUUAACCGGAGAUAUAUUUGGAUCAGCAAGAUGCGACUGUGGCAACCAGUUGGAUUUGGCAAUGCAGUUAAUCGAGCAAGCCGGUCGAGGAGUUGUGGUUUACCUUCGAGGUCAUGAAGGGCGAGGGAUAGGACUCGGUCACAAGCUAAGAGCCUAUAAUUUGCAAGAUCAGGGCCAUGACACAGUUCAAGCCAACAUUGAACUUGGUUUAGCUGUUGAUGCUCGUGAAUAUGGUAUUGGUGCCCAGAUUUUGAGAGACGUAGGGGUUCAAACCAUGAGGUUGAUGACUAAUAACCCAGCCAAGUUCACAGGCCUGAAGGGUUAUGGGUUGGCUGUGAUUGGAAGAGUGCCUGUUUUGACACCCGUUACAGAGGAAAAUAAGAGGUACUUGGAAACAAAACGUACCAAGAUGGGUCAUAUUUAUGGCUCUGAUCUCCAAGGACCAUUGGCUCCUUUCAUUAAACCAUCUGUAAACAAGAAAGAAUCAUCUGAUGGGGAGCCAAACCCUGAAUAAUAUAUACAUAUUCAUCUUGGCUUCUGCUUUAGAAGCAAACGUGAUUCACUUCAUAUAGAAACAAAAUUUUCAAAUCCAA